AUGGCUAGACAUACAUCGCUUGAAUCUGAGAGACCCAUCAUGGCCCAGUCGGCACGUACCUCCAAGCGGUUCUCGACUGUCAGCGAAGCCCCUACGGUCGCCUCGUCGGAAACCACCUUUGCAGGUCUGCCGGCCGGAGACCCCAGACUGGCCGAUUUCCACAAUCUCCGUGAUGGGCUGGAGCGCCUGGAGAACAAGCCCCUUCUGAAGCAACGUUUCGUUCCCACUCCGGAGAAGACCGAUAACUUGAGCAAGUUGGCAUUGGGUGCCAAGGUGGAGCGCGCCCUUGGACGUAGAAUGACCAGCCAGGACGCUGUCAUGCGAGAACCCGUGCUGAACGAAAAAGCGGUGGUGGAAGCCCCGUGA